AUGGAGAAUAAAGGCUUCAAAAGCCCAUCAUCAUCAACAAUCAAAAGAUUCCAAUCUCCAUACCAUCAAGGGUUCAACAAAAAGAAGAAGAGAAAAGAAAACCCUUCAUCCCUAGUAGAUGACAAAAAAGGUCAUGACAAAGAAGGCCGAAUAAAAUCCCCUAGUGGAUCAUACCAGAAAAAUCUACAGAAAUUCCCACCCCCCAGUGGAAUAAGAGCUUCACAAGGUCGAUUGGCGGGUAAAGGAGUUAACCCUCUUGUCCGGCUAUCCUUUGGAUGCUCCUUCGAUGCGGUAGCUGACCCUCGUGAUGAUGAAUGUAGUCUGGUACUAUCGUCAAGAUGCUUCCUUGCUACGGAGGCUGACCCGUUGGACGAUAUUUUGGUGAGGCUUUAG